UUUCAAGAGGGCUGUUUUUUUUUUUUUUUUGGAAAACCCAAGUCGCAUAGGCGCUAUUUAAAGGGGGGGAAAUAGAAAGAGGGGAGGAAAAAAAAAGACCUGCGGAUUGAUCUACACUGUAAUUUUGGGUAAAUACAAUCACGUGAGAGCUGGGAGCCAAUGGCCAACUCGGAAAGGCUGAAAAAAUAAUUACCUGCCCUGAUUGUUCUAUGAGAAGAUAAAAAGUACACAUACAGUUCAUACAAUAAUCUUAUGAAUGUAAAAGAGGGGGGAACAAUGUCGGCUUCGGGUCCCAUAAGCAACUAUUAUGUAGAUUCCUUGAUUAGUCAUGAAAGCGACGAACUGUUGGCAUCAAGGUUCCCAGCUACUGGCUCUCACCCUGCUGCAGCCAGACCUUCAGGACUGGUCCCGGAGUGUGCAGAUUUUCCAUCCUGCAGCUUUGCCCCCAAACCGGCCGUUUUUACUACUUCGUGGGCUCCCGUGCACUCCCAGUCGUCUGUGGUCUACCACCCCUACACCCACCAGCCGCACAUUGGAGCUGACACCAGAUAUAUGCGCACUUGGUUGGAGCCUAUCUCCGGCGCGGUCUCCUUCCCAGGUUUUCCAGCCAGCAGCCGGCACUACGGGCUUAAACCCGACGCCUUCCACGGCCGCAGGGACUGCGGACCGGUGGACGCACGUAGUUAUCCGGAUUAUAUGUACGGAUCCCCGGGAGAUCUCAGGGACAGAACUCCGCAGACCAUUCCCUCCCCGGAUUCUGAGGCCAUCGCUUCCAACAAACACAAAGAAGAAAAGACCGAAUUGGACCCUAACAACCCGGUGGCAAACUGGAUCCAUGCACGUUCGACAAGGAAGAAAAGAUGUCCCUACACGAAGUAUCAAACGCUGGAAUUAGAAAAGGAGUUUUUGUUCAAUAUGUACCUUACACGGGACCGCCGUUACGAAGUGGCCCGCGUUCUUAAUCUCACGGAGCGCCAGGUCAAAAUCUGGUUUCAGAACAGGCGAAUGAAAAUGAAGAAAAUGAACAAGGAGAAAACCGAUAAUAAAGACCAGCAGUGAAAUUGGCCGAGUCCCUCGAGUGAAAGGAGAAACCGAGGCGCUGCCGUCUCUUCCUUGGGGUUCGACGUGUUUCUGACUUUUUUUUCAGUGUGCUGAUAAGUGUUUAGAAUUAGUUAAACACAGCAACCUUGUGGAGCAAAAGACAAAAAAAAAGCGCUUUUCUAAAAAAAAAGAAUAAUAAUAAUUGCAACUAAAAAUAAACAUUUUUGUUCUUUUCAGAAAACAGCAAAGUACUUGAAUUAUUUUUUUUAGUAUUUUAUUUUGUAACUUAAAUUUAUCCAGGUUAUUUUUUUUUUAAUUUCAUGACUUCGUGGCUGCAUAUUUUGUACAAAAGGAAAGAGGAAAAAACGGGGGGAAGGAAGACGAAAGAAAAAAAAAUUGGGGUGAUCGCUCCAACCAUGUUUCUGUCAUAGUGUUGAACGUUUCCGGUGUACCUAUUAGUGUCUUUUUUGAUUGUCACAGAACCGUUCUGUAACGCUGUUAUGUUUUGCUGUGAUAGAGCAGCUUUCUGUAUAUAGCUAACGUCACAAAAAAGAGGAAAAAACGUU